CGGGACUUUUCAAAAUGGAUGCGACCAUAAAUCGUUUGUUGACAGGAUGAAAGGUUAAACAACAUCAAAAUGACUGGAAAACGGUGGUGUGUUGGAAAGGAUCUUGGUCACCAAGUGGAUAACUCUACUUCAACAAUUAAAAAACUGAGUAUUCUCUACAGCGACCCUGAAUUAAGUGACCUCCGUCUCUGCAUUGGGGAUCGAACCUUUCAUGCUCAUAAACUCAUCUUGAGCAUCUCCAGUGAUGUUUUCAAAACAAUGUUAACAAGUCCCACAUGGCCCGAGGCGUAUACAUCCCAGAUUUCGUUGGAGGAGGAGCCAGAGUGCCAGGACGUGUUUGAGGACUUUCUGCAGUACCUUUAUACUGGGAGGAUACACCUUAGCCAGACCAGUGUCCUCCCUAUCCUCAUUCUCGCCGACAAGUACAACAUCAAUGACCUGUCUGAUGUGUGCAUCAAUUACAUGAGCAGCCAUUUUGUGGCACCGCCCUCUCAGUCUCAAGUGAUAUCAUGGCUUAAGUAUGCAAUUAUGUGUGACCAUAAACAGUUGCAAGAGAUAUGCGAGGAAUAUAUCACAUGGAAUUUUCAGUAUGUUAUGAAUACUCCUGAUUUUAUGGGUAUUUCAUCAGAAAUGCUGAUUAAGUUCUUAAGAUCUUCAGACAUCAUUGUUGAUGAUGAAUACACUUUAUAUGAGAAGGUCAAACUUUGGUUGGCUUCUUACAAAGAAUUGAAAUCAAACUCAAAGAAGCUCAAAAGCAAGUUGAAAAAUAUCAUUGAAACUGUUGUACCGCUGAUCAAGUUCCCUAUGAUGCAGCAUGAAAACAUGAGUUCAUUGGAAGAGGUGGGAGGGUUCAUUGGAAGCCAGGAUGUAUCAAUAGAUAAUUGGAAAUUAAAGGUGCAGGAAGAAAUUCAGCACCUAUGCACAUUAUUAAAUGAACAAGCAAAAGGAGAAAAUGUAGACAGGAAACCAAUUCCAUGUUCUCAGCUUAUUUCCAAAACAGACUCUGUCCUUGCAGCUCAAGAACUAGAACCCAGAUAUAUUUCUUCCUUUUCCGGUGUUUCACAUCAUGUGUCCUUUAACCCCAGAAUCUACACAAGUGACACCUGGAGCACUGAAAUUUUUGUUCCAGAUGUUAAAAGCGUUAGUCAAGGGGAUGUUUUGAGAGCAUUCUUCUCCACUCCUAUCUCAGGUCCUGGUGGAGAUGACUUCUCCAUGUGGGAUUGGCAUGUGGAUUUUUAUCCAGAUGGAGUUAUUUUUAAGCCCUGUGUCAUGAUUGGUCAUUUUUGGAACUAUGAAUUAGAUGAAGUUGUUUAUGACACUGUUCGUUUGACCGUGACAUCCAACUCCCAUGAGCGCCGCCAAGUGCAGAUCAGUGUUUUGAUUUUUGGACAACAGGAAGGCAUUGAGUUUGUUGCCAAGUGUGUUACAAAAAACUGCUACUUUGAUAGUGAGCAGCUGUCUCACAACUUCAAUGAUCUCAUAGACCUCUCUGAUCUCUAUCAUGGGAAAUCUCCUUUCCUAUUGGAUGCGGAAAGAAAUGCUUUAAAAAUCAAAAUUGUUAUUAAGCCUAAAGUAUCCUUUUAAACAUUUUAACAAAUUUUUUACUGGUCAGAAGUCAGAUUUAACCUGAUGCAACAUGUGGAAGUUCCUAUGAAAGUGGUAUUUUUAUGUAUUUAUAACCAAAUGUGUCUUGAACAAAAAAACAAACAAACAAAAAAUAAUCAAACUAGUGGUUUGCUUUUUGGUGCAAUAAUAUUUUUGUGUGUAGUAGCUAUAUGGAUAUGCAUGUCAUUUGUUCUAGUAAGUGCUAUAUUGAUACAUUUUUACAUUAAUUGUUUUAAUUAAAACACUGUUUAUCUGGCUUUGAAUGCAAGUAUUUUAAUAUUAUACCUUUCUCUUUGAAUAUGUUGCAUAGAUUGUGAUUGACAGAUGUUAAACUACUAACAUCCCACUAUGAGAUCAGUCAUUUUUAAUAUUUAUUGAUAUUUAGCAUUGCACUGUUAAGUAUUACUCAGUUGAAAAAUUUUGACAAAUUUAUUUGUUUGUUCUAUUUAUGAAAUGUUCAGGGCAUAUGGUGUUACCCCUUUCCAUCCAUCCAUCCUUCCUUCACUGUCAUUCUUUUGUUUUUUCUAGACUUUUUCCCUUCUAUUUAGGCAUAAUGAGCUGAUUUUUUUUGUCCUUGGAUAUUGUUGACUUGCAGAUCAAAUGAAAGUUUCAUUUUCAUUAAUAUACUUAUUAUUACUGGAAUGGGAGACUUCGAAAAUUUGUUACAAAUUUUCUGUUUUUCCAACAUUUUUAGCUCACCUGUGCUGAAACAAACUGUCCAGUGGGAAUAUAAGGAUAUAUUAAACAUCAGAUAAAACACAGCAGCAGGGCUAAGUAACCCACAUGAGUGUCAUGGCCUAUAUUUUUCUAGUUGUUUAUAAAAAUUUUCAUUCCUGUACGCUCCUGACUGAAAGCCGGAAGUAGGGAAAUUUUUUGUUCAUUGGCUACAGUUGUUACUGUAAAUAUCUACAAACUUCCUUCUUAACAAGAAAACAGUUUGUUCAAAAAAUGCACAACAUUUAAAAUUUGUUGCAAUGAAAGAAAAAACAAGUCCAAGCUAUUUUUUUAAUCUAUGUGUGGAUUGUUGAAUUCAGAUUGCCAAUGCUGGACCUGUUCAGUGUGAUUUCCUUGUUAUAGUUGUAUGGUUAUAUGAAUAAAUAAUUUUAUAAUUAUUGAAAAAAAGAUAUGAAAAUAAAUAACUGACAAUGAUUUUUUCAA